GUUUUUGCUUCGGUAUGCUGGUAUUCACAUUUUAGUCCAAAGAAAAUGUCUUUCGUAUUACGAUCCAAAUAUAAGUAUCUAAAGUCAUGCGCAAGAAACGAGCAACAAUGGGCUAUUGUUUAAUUUCAUGGGGUGCUAAUUCUCACGGUCAACUGGGACAAGGCGUUCGUUCGGAAGAAUGCUUGCUGGCUCGCGAAAUCGAUCUAUCCGGAUGCUCGUUGGAAUCGCGUAAAAUAAAUAAGAUAGUCGGUGGGGCCGGGCAUACGUUAAUUUUGGACGAUGACGGUCGCGUUUACUCAUGCGGCUGGAAUAAUAAAGGCCAAGCGGGUUUUCCAGUAAACGAAAACACGCUUUCGUUUCGGGAAAUAGGGGGCAAAUUGAAAGGGAAAUUUAUUACAGACGUAGCAUGUGGCUGGGAUUGUUCAGCAGCGUUGACAAUAGAAGGCACUUUAUUGCUAUGGGGCGCGAAUUAUUUUGGACAAUUGGGGAAACGACCCUGCGUCGUUCAAUGGGCACACGAACCCUUCGAGGUCGUAAUAGAUCGGAAAAUCGAACAGGUAUCCGUCGGCUUAAGGCACAUGGCUCUGGUGACAGAGGAUCGUAAAGUUCUAGUGGCAGGUUCAGGUAACAAAGGGCAAUUAGGUUUGAGUACCUCGGGGAACGCUGCGUACGCUUUCACGGAAGUUCCAAUGCUGACAAAUGUACGAGAUGUUGCUUGUGGGCAACACCAUACGAUCGCGAUGACGGAGGACGGGAAUCUUUAUGGUUUCGGCGAUAACAAACAUGGCCAAUUGGGGUUAGAUACUAACACCAUAUCGAGAACGUUCAUUCCGAUCAGGCUACCUGAUGUUCGAUUUAAUCCAUCGGUUAAAAUGGACAGCGGCUGGUCGCAUAUGGUUGCAUUGAACGACGGUCAGAUUUUUUCAUGGGGUCGAAAUACAUACGGUCAAUUGGGUGUCGGAGAGAUCGAGGGUCCGUCAUCUUGGAAAAUCAUGCGUGUUAAGGAUCUUGGGAGGGUUCGACAGGUUGCAGCUGGCUCGGAACACAACGUCGCCUUAAAUGAGGAUGGAAGAAUUUUCUGCUGGGGUUGGAACGAGCAUGGGAACUGCGGGAAUGGUCACACGAAGGACACCAAAGUUCCAGAAGAGCUUCCAUUGUCUUCCAACUUUACGGCGAUUCGCGUUGGAAGUGGUGCAGGUCACUCGUUCGCUGUAAUAAAAAAAUCUUGACUAAUUUGUAAAUGUAUAUUACCUCCUACGUGUA